AUGGUGAGACAAUUACAGAUGUUAAAUAAUAUCGUAUUAAAUCAAAAUGGUAAAAUAGUGGCAGAAACGGUUACAUUUGUGGACGAGUUAUGUGAGAAAACCUACGGCAUUAUUCAAAAGACAGCAUUCAAAGUCCUUAGAGAACUUGUUUUAAAAAAAGAAGGUUUCAAUAAUAUCAGGAAACGAAUUAAGCGGGUUAUGUCUACUGACAAUCAUAAAGUGGUACGAAGCCAAAUGGAAGAAGAAAGUUGCAGAAGAGAAGCGGAAUAUAAUUUUCGAAUGAGUUUACUGCAACAGGAACACGACGAAAAAAUGAGGGAAACUUUGGAGGUAAUGAAACAGAAGCAGAAACAGAGUGAUGUACAAAUUAAGACCAAGGAAGAACAAUCGGAAAGGGAGAAGGAGUUGGACUUACAAAUUGCGAAUAUGAGGAAAGUGCAAAAAGAAAGAGAGGAAAAGGCUCGUGAAGCUAAAAAUGAAGAGAAGAAAAGGGAACUAAAAUGGAAAGAAGACAAAAAAUCGGAAAGGGCGAAGGAGGAAAAGGCUCAAACAGCUAAAAAUGAAGAGAAUAAAAGGGAACUAAAACGGAAAGAAGACAAAAAAUCGGAAAGGGUGAAGGAGUUGGACAUCCAAAUUGCAAAUAUUAGGAAAGAGCAAAAAGAAAAGGAGGUAAAGAAACAGAAUGAUGUACAAAUUAAGACCAACGGAGAAAAAUCGGAAAGGGAGAAGGAAUUGGACUUACAAAUUGCAAAUAUGAGGAAAGAGCAAAAUGAAAGAGAGGAAAAGGCUUGUGAAGCUAAAAAUGAAGAGAUGGAAAUGAAACGCAAGAGGAAAGAAGAGGAAGACAAAAUAUCGGAAGAAGAAGCGAAACAAAUCGAUGAGAU